AUCCGAAGUAAAAGAGCGCACAAUAUGUGGAUUAAAUUAUGCCUUUUCUUUGCAAUCUGUGGCAUUUGUUGGCUGGCCGAAGUUGCAAACGCAGCGAUACUUGACUCCAGAUGCUAUUUAGAGGGCGGUGGGUCGGCUGAGAGCUUCCUGGCUACCGAAGAUCUUCCAGUGGGGUCCAUCAUUGGCAAACUGCGUAUUAACGGCGACCCCAAUGCGGACACCGGCGACAUUAAUCUGUCGCUAAGGGAGAAGAAUGCGCCCGUACAGAUUGUGGCAGGGACGAAAGAUCUAGUCCUAUCGGUAGAGCUAGAUAAAGAAGGUCUUCGCGGACCAUCGUCAAUCUAUGUGAAUGUCAUUUGCAUAAGAAGACGCUCGACGGAUCCGAGCUUCGUCAUUCCCGUCAAUGUCCGCGUCACGGACGUCAACGAUAAUGCACCACAAUGGAUUGGCACUCCCUAUACGCUGACCCUCUCGGAGGUGACGGUGCCAGGUACACGUAUACUUCAAGGCGCCCGCGCCGAGGAUGCCGAUCAGCCGGGGCCCUUCUCCACGGUUGAGUAUCAGGUACUUCCCGGUCCCUAUGCGGAGCUGGUUCAAUUUCUAAAUCCUCUUGAGGGCACGUUGGUGCUAAAGAAGGCGCUCGAUUACGAGCAACUCCAAAACUUCACGGUGAAAUUGCGAGCCCAGGACCAGGGCACACCCCCACGGCAUUCGGAUACGCUUCUACGCGUCGUCAUAACGGAUGCAGAUGAUCAAAAUCCCAAGUUUCUACGUGAAUCCUACAGUGCUGAGCUACCCGCAGAUGGUCGGGCUGGCGAGCUGCGUGUGCGGCCAGAACCCUUAAAAGCCGUUGAUCAGGAUGAGGGCAUCUGUGCGCCCAUCCAAUACACCAUUGUGCAAUCGCAGGAUGCAAAGUAUUUCCGCGUGCAUCCACAUAAUGGAGUGAUUACACAACUAGCGCCCAUCGGCUACGCAGACCUUACGCAUGGCGCCACGCUGGUGGUAAAGGCUACGCAGAUAGAUAAUCCCGAUCGAUACGCUCUGACCACAGUGCAACUAACCCGGCCGGGCACCCACAGUGAUCUCAGCUCACUCGCGUUUGUUCAGAAGCGCUUUGUGAUGCGAAUACGCGAGGACACGGCUGUGGGCAAUCGCAUCCUGGCCCUUCCCACCAACAAGCCUGGCAAGCACCUGAAGUACACUAUUCCAGAUCCCAUCAAUUCGCAGUUCUUCAGCAUUGGCUCACUAGGGGAAUUGGUGCUAGCCAAACCGCUGGACUACGAAAAGAUGACCAAACACGAAUUCCAGGUCAUAGCUAGCGAUGGCCUAACCAACAGCACAACGGCCGAGGUCACACUGGAGGUGAUCGAUGUCAACGACUGGGAGCCACGCUUCCGGGAGACACACUACGAGUUUGUGGUCCCCAAGAGCGCACUGCAAUCACGGGCUGACUCUUUUGAGGGUGUGCUAAUUGGAAAGGUGGAGGCGGCGGAUGGAGACCGUAACGACAAGCUGGAGCUGUCGUUGCGCGGCCAACAUGCGGGUCUCUUCGAAAUCGAUGCAACAGGAAACAUCUACAUGCGCCCGGAGCAGCUACAAAGUCUGAACGAGUCCACAGUCCACCUGAUUGCUAUUGCCACGGACUCGGGUGUACCGCCACGUAGCACCUCUGUCCCAGUCAGCGUUACAAUGGAGGGACUAACCCUCGCCCAGUCCGGCUGGAACAACAACAUGCUGGGCAUGUUUGGCAUGAUUGUUGGUCUGUUCCUGUUGAUCAUCAUGGCGCUCAGCUGUUAUAUUGUGCGUUCCAAGAGGCAACGGAAGAGCAGUCCCGGCGGCCUCAGCCUCGGACGCAAUCGUGUGCACAGCCAAGCGCACAGCAGCGUGUCCUCUGCCAACCUGGUGACACAUGAAAAACUGGCCGGCAACGGCAAUGGAGCCACUGUCACCAGUGGUGGUGUCUCCGUUUUGCAUAUGAAACAUCCCAGCAGCAACAUCACCAUGGCAAAUCCAAUUAACAAUGGAAUGCAUCAUGUAGGAAAUGGCGCUAGCAGCAGCAUGGUGCUCAGCAGUGCCAGCAAUUUGUUGGAGCGAGAGCGUGAAAGGGAGCGCGAGAGACAGCGGGAAAGCUAUGCGGCAACGGUGCGCAUCUUCUUACCAGGCAUCGUAUCGCGCGCCUCUGCCAACGGGCAGCUCUACGAGGAAGACGAGAUCGAGCACGACUCCCUCUCGCAGCAGGGCCAACAGCAGCACCAGACGACGCCGGAGAACAACAAUCGCAAAACGGUGGCCGCUGUGACAGGAGGCAUCACGACGAUCACCACGACAGUGAAUGGGGCUGUGAAUGGAGGUGCAGCUGCUUCCAAUCUGAUGACCGCGUCGGAUACGAUGGGCUCAUCCGAAAACAAUUUGACAGUCUAUUUCUAGUUGAGUACAAGUUGAGCUGGAGACGAUUUCACCCUGUAAAUAUUGCAUGCCUUAAUAUAAACUAUAAUAGGUCUAAGUCUAAGUCGCGUUUAGAUAUAAUGCCUAAUCAUUGUAAAUGUAGUAGACCAAAUAUAGCAUUGUAAACAUCCAGCACUUGUAGUUUAAGCAAGCGAAUUCCAUGGUACAAUUUUGCUAUCCACUUUUUAUGAUACUUUUUAACGACAAGCUUAAGAAUAAACUCUAUCGAACUAA